AUGGAGGAAAAUUUGGGGAAGCCCCCGACCACUGGCGAGGAGGUGUUUAGGCCUGAAGUUCCGGUGACAUCCACCUCUCACACUACAUCGCAAAAACCUAUACAUGCACACACGCAGCUUCUCGUACACGCGCAGGCACAGUCGCAUGUACAACAGCCAGCACAGCGGACGAUAUCACAUUCGGAACCCUCAUACUCAGAAUCUGUUGCGGAUUAUGGCGUGAUACAAGGCGUGCAAAUACACGAUACAGCGACACCCUCUCAACCUCGCACAUCCAAUAGUAACGGUAUUGAUAUCGCGAGUGCACACUCUUGUAUACAAACGUCUGGUGCUCACACAUAUAGUAACGGUGGCAAGGAUAUGUUGAACCACAUUCCUAGUGUACGUGCAUCUAGUGAAGAAACUCUGUAUGUACGCCACACUUAUGCUAACAAUUCACUCCAUGCAUACGGAAGCAACACACUCACGGCACAUCCCAUGACACACACAGCCGCGGAUGUUUUCAGGCGUGUGAACGCUAGUACACGACAUACUCAUGCACACACGACGGGUGAAACGCCUCACAAUAGGGCGGAAGCGAUUAAUAGCAAUUACGCUUAUAACGAAGCACCUAUGGAGACAAGCCAUAGGGCGGAGAUCAAUAUUAUUAGCGGCUCAUCGGUGCUGGAGAAGGUCUUGCCUGUGCACGACAUUGCUUUCCCGGCGGCGUAUACGGCACGCGGCUCAGUCAACGGGAGGGUAGACGCUGACACUGUAGUGCGUAGCGGCGUGGUAGCCCACGAAAGUAUACCGCAUGUAUCGCAUACACACAGUACACAUAACGACACUGUUACACACGGUAGUAGCCAUAACACAGUACACACGCAUAGGAAUAGUAGCGUUGUCACCCACGAGAGCAUCCGCAGUACAUUACGCAGGCUGCUGCAGAAGCAAACGGCUUUGGAGAACAAACUGGCGAGUGUUACCGGCGACGUGACAAUAGGACAGAUAGCUACGGUUAAAGCGCACUUAAUAGAUCAAAUACGCUACUUUGACACCAUUAGUGACACCUUAAACGCUGAUAAAUUUCCACAUCAUUCAGAACAAUCAGAUGUACACAAGCACACACAACACACACGUGCAGACGCUCGAAACGCCACCUCAGCAACCACACAGCACACGCAUGAUAACACACGCACACAUCGCAGUGGCUCGACUGCAGCGAAGAAACAGUCUGUGCAGAGCACUAGCACAGCGCAUGAGAGAGGAGCUGUGUCCCAGGAGGAAGAUGUAGAUGGGUUAUGGUUUGAUAAGCGUGCGUCUGUGCAGAAGCUGUUAAAAGGUGUCGAACGCCUGCAACACGCACACACACGCAAAUAUCACCAGCGCGAGCAUGUGCAUCAUCGUAUACACGCACACGAGACACCAGCAGUUGAAGGGGAAACCACGGAAUGUACUACAUCGGAAAGCGAGAGUGACAACGAUAUGCGUGUGGGUCCGUCAGGGUAUGUACAUACGGGUCGGGGGAGGCUUGUGGUGAAUUCGAACGAGUGCCGCCAUGUGUCGCGGAAUAGGCGGUUCUUCAGGCGCAGGGCUGCCCUGGCCUGGCGGUGGAGCUGGCUGGAGUUAAGAAUAGCUCAGGUAGACACGCAUAUAGACACGUUGACCGAACUCAAGACACGCACACGAAAGAACAACCAGGCACAGAUCAUCCCAUACACCCGCCAGGCCGACAAGGGCUGUGAGCACGCAGGGGGGCAACCCCUGGAGCACACACAUACACACAUACACACACAUACACACAUACACACACACGCACACGCAAGCAUGCAUACACACGCAUCUGGUCUUAAUGGCCAUCGUUUAGGCCUUGGGGGCCAGGCACAGGCCGGUGAUAUGGGCUAUGCACAGACGCAGCAACCGCAGCAGCAGAUACAGCAGCACACACACAACACCCAGAAUGCCACAGACGACCAGGGCGAGCACGGCACACACACCACUGAGACGCCGCCCAUGGCCACCCUCAACCACCCGCCUCAGCAGGCCAGGCCAAAGCCAAGUGGGGACGGACCGGUCCCGGGCAAAAAACGCCGGGGCAAGCAACCCAGUGCACACAAGGACCGGUCCACGCACCCCAAAACCUGCGCCAGGUUGCGUGAGUAUGUCCUGCCCACCCCGCGCCUGCUGUGGGCCGAGAACACGGUCGGGGUCAAGGGCAGGCCAGAGAUACUGGUCAACGUCCUGGGACGGAACAGGCUAGCUCGCCAAAUUAGUGCCUUGGACACCUCCUACCACCCGGUCCUGUCCCGGGUGGUUGAGGCGGCCCCGUUUCUUAGGUGCAGUACCCUGCACCCUGCACCAGCCCUGCCGCUGGCGUCGUCGUGGCGAGCACAGCGUGACAAUGAAGCUGCGGCGAACGCAAAUUUGAGUAAAAAACAGGUUAGCAAAGUGCAUAGUGGCAACCAAACAAAGAGUGGUUCGAUGUCAGCCAGAUCCAGCACCACGAAUAUCAAAAAGAAGCCCAUCAGUCGGACCUCUUCCGCAAACAAAGUGAGCCGCAAACGCUCGGACGGCAAAAGGCGGGACAAAUCGGGACUGCUACGGAAGCGCACCAAGAGCGUAUCCAACCUUACUAGUGUAGAUGCGAAGAAGAAAGGUACCGAGGAGACCGAUAGCACAGCCAGUGUGCUCGGCAAGGGUACACGCCGCACGAGCUCACACAGUAAUGUGUUCAAACGGCACAAGGUGUACGAUAUUGACAACGUGGUGAUUCCCGUGACCGCAGGCAUGGUCACGAGGGUGCAGGCUAUUGAGUUCCAGGAGAUUGAAACGCCCAGUUGGCGACCGUCCACCGAAUCACUCCAAACCAACGACCCCAGUGCAGCACCGCAGGAACACUACAGCAGUGAAGACACUUCGGACGAGGCCUAUGAAAAGCGCCACAACGCGCGACAGAAGAUCGAGACCAGCCGCUUUGAAGCAUUCAUGAAGAAUCUACACCAGCCCAGGCGGAGACGGUCUUCACAUGUAAGUAACUGUGGUGUGCAUGUAGGUGACCGUGAUGUACAUGUAAGCAACCGUGGUGUGCAUGCAAGCAACCGUGGUGUGCAUAUAAGUAACUGUGGUGUGCAUGAAAGCAACCGUGGUGUGCAUCUAUGGUGUGCAUCUAUGCAAUCGCGAUGUGCAUCUAUGUAA